UGUGUGUAAUGUUUGUGUAAUAUUUAAGGCAGGUAGGCUCCCCAGAGAAAAGCGACGAAAAAUAAAAGCUCUCCCCACUUUACGCGUGCGCUCAUACACAUUAUACACACGGCACACACACACACACACAAUUCUCUACUCACUGACCCACUGUGUUGUGUAUACUACACUACUCAUUGCUCUCACACAUACGACAUUUGUACUACUAUAUAUCUAUAUUUUAUAGUACAAUCGUAUUUUCGAAUUCAACCUAAGGAGAAAGGCGAACUUGUACGACUUGUUUUGUAUUGAACUUAUAUACGCCACUGAAAUCUUCUCCGUUGACGUUCUUUUAAUAUUCAUUAAAUAUGGUGUGUAAUAUACGAUACCUAUGCUCCAAUUAAGGAAUUUAAUAAAGAGUUAAUCUUAAAAUGUGUAUUUUGUUUCACAGGGUAACGAAAACUCAUUGCCAAUGGAAUUAUGUUCAAACUGUGAGUAUUCCUUUUUAUGUAAAUGCAUUUAUACCUAGUUUUUAUAAACUAUUGACAUUAAAUGACAGUUGAUGCUGAUGAAAUCAGACGUUUGGGCAAACGGUUCCGCAAACUUGAUCUGGACAACUCUGGUGCAUUGAGCUUGGACGAGUUUCUAUCAUUACCUGAACUUCAGCAAAAUCCACUCGUACAAAGAGUCAUAGAUAUAUUUGAUGAAGACGGUAAUGGUGAAGUUGACUUUAAAGGUGAUUAUAACAUCCAAGUUAAGUUUUAAUAAUCAAUAUAUCCUUAACAGUAUUUUUUCUUUUUUAGAAUUUAUACAAGGAGUGUCUCAAUUUAGUGUUAAGGGAGACAAAGAAUCUAAAUUGCGAUUUGCUUUCCGAAUCUAUGACAUGGAUAAUGAUGGAUACAUUUCAAAUGGAGAAUUAUUUCAGGUAUCAACUUUUAAGUUUAAAGUUUAUGACAUAAUUGUUUAGAUCUGUUAUACAAUUAGUAAUCUGUUAAUUUUUUUAUUAUUUUAUUAUUAUUUUUAAGGUAUUAAAAAUGAUGGUUGGAAAUAAUUUAAAAGACACGCAACUUCAACAAAUUGUUGAUAAAACGAUAUUGUUUGCUGACAAAGACGAAGAUGGAAAGAUUAAUUUUGAAGAAUUCUGUUCCGUCGUUGGCAACACAGACAUACACAAAAAGAUGGUUGUUGAUGUCUAAGUUACAAGUUUUAUCCAACUCAAGUCAAUGUAAACAUUAACUUUAAAUAAUUCACAUAUAUUAUUAUCUCAUCUUCAAAUAUUCAAAAUUGUAGUAAUCUUCCAGCGUAUUGCACGCUCAUUACAUUUUUGUUACUGAAAAUUCUUCUUGUAAUAUUGUUGCUUUUUAUUUUAAACGUUAGCACUGAAUAUCUUCCAUUUUUCAAAAAAUUAGUAUACUAUUUACAAACACAUUUAUUUAUAUUUUAUAUUUAUUUAUUCAUGCAUAUUAAAAUAUUUAUUGCAUACAUCAUACUGCAUACAUUUAAAUAUAAUUAUACAACUUGAUAAAUACUUAUUGUUAGAUUAUCAUAUUAUUUAUUUAGUUGUAUCGUGUUUGUAUGUAUUAUUUUUGUCUGAUAAAAAAAAUAGCUUUUAGUAGUCUGUAAUAACUAUUGAGAAUCAUCAGAAAAAACCAGUGCUAAUGAUAAAAUCUGUUUACUACUGAUGAAUUUUUGCUGAACAGAAGGGAACAUAAAAUUAGAAUGUCUAAUAAUUGCUAACAGUUGGCACUGAAUAAUUUAUAAAAAAAUAAAAAAUAGUUAUAAUAAUAAUAAUAGUAUUUCCCAUUUUUGUUCUCUUGAUCUGUGUAUUAUAUUUUUAAAUAUUUGAUACUUCAAUGAAAAAAUGAUUAGAAAUACAAGUUUAUUGAUUUGAUUUGGUGUUAAACUUCGGCAUCAUUAUUUAGAAUUAUGAUUAUUUGUUUUAUUUAAGAAAAAUUAUUGUAAAUCGUAAAUAAGAUUAGUUUCUUUUUUGAAGAAAUAUAUAUUUAUUGUUUUAUUAUACUAAAACUUCUUAGGGAAAAUAAAUUUAAUAAUGUUUAAUUUAUUUUUUCUAAAACCAAUAGUUUUAAGUUAACGUUUAUUAUUUUCAUUUAAUGUAUAAUGAACUUAAAAGUGCCAAUAGUAUUCAAAUUAAAAUAAAAGUUAACAAGUCUAGUCAAUUUAUUUGAGUUUUUCAGAUUAAUUAAUACAUCCAUAUAAUUAUGUGUUUGGUAAUUGCAUACAACAUAUUAAUAUAUUAUAUACUUACAGACCUGUUUAAAUUUUAAUCAAUGUUUUAUUUCUUUUUUUAAUUUUAAUUAAAAUGUUUAAUAUUAUUCUAUAAAAAAAAAUUGUUGAUUAUACUUAUUUAUUAUAUUAUAUAUUUCUAUAUUACUUGCACUGUUACUUUUGAAGUACAGUUUUUACUUAUAUGUAUUAAUUAUAAAUCUUGGUAUCUACAAAUAAAUAAGACUUCUACGUUCAUAUUGUGUGUUAAUUAAUACAAUUAAUAACCUUUUUUUCUUGUGAGAAAUAUUUAUGUACAAAACAUUUUUUAGGUAUGAAUAAAUUCAUUUAGGAU